AUGGCAAAGAGUGCAACGAGUGCAGAGAAGGGCAUGGAUUUAGGGGUGGCCGACCGAGAGGAUGAUAUGCGAGUCGCAAGGCAGUACAGAAGCCAUGGAGGGAAGAUUCAUCUGGGGGUCAAGCAACAGGCAGUAGAACCUUCUGACCGAAGCCAGACGUUUUUGGAGCAGUUCUUACGCCAGACUGAACCUCCGGAAAGGGCAAUCAUGUCUGAAGACAUUGUUGACGUUGCGGUCGACGAAGAAAUAGAUGAAGAAGAGGAGGAGGAGGAGGAGAAGGAUGUAACGGAUGAAGAUGGAGGGCGAUCGCAUGAAGACGACGAUAUUAUUUAG